AUGAAAAUACACUCUAUCUUAUCAUAUAUCAUCUUACUGCCCUUGAGUCAGGCUCUCGAAAUUACCCACGAUGUCUUACAAACAGGUUCAAUCACAUAUAAUGAACCGAUUACAAUCGAUACAGAUAAAUCAUUGAAAGUUACAUCAGGAACCAAUGUCAACUUUAUGGGCUCCUUGAAUGUAGAUGGUAACCUUUGCGUUUCAUCAAAUUAUAUUAAUGUCACUGGAUCUAUUACGAACUCUCACAACAUCUAUCUCUACAACCCUGGGAGGUAUAGCCAUACUAGCGGGACCAACAUAGCUGUGAAGUCAAUCUUAAACGAAAAGGAGGGGCUUUUGACUGUACAAAGUGGUGCAUAUCUAGUCAAUGAACUGUUUGGGGCCUCAGACAGUUUUAUCAAUGAAGGUAUUAUAAAUAUCCCGUCAUUUUUCCCAAAUUUAAGUAUAUAUGGGCCAGAAUCCGGUAUUGAAAAUACGGGAACGAUUGUUUUAGGUAAUACUAACGCUACGUUUUCAAAUUCAGUUACGGGUGGAGGUUGUAUCUCAAAUCUUAACGAUGCAGUUUAUCUUGACUCGACGAAGGAAAUAGACCAAACGUUUUGGAAUUCAGGUGGAAUGGAGAUCCAUGUCAUUCGUGGUUCAUAUGCAAAACCUUUAGUAUUUCGAGGAUUUAGUAAAGGAGCAUCGAUCGGCUAUGCCGUAUCGAGCCAAACAAAAACACUGAGUUGGAAUUAUGAUCCUACAAAUGGUUCCAUGGUCAUCAAUACAAGCUCCUCUGGUGCCUCAUCAGAUAUAAUUAAUAUAGAUUUGGGUCCAGGUUAUAAUUCAUCACUGUUUACUAUCACUAUAGACUCGGUAGGAAUUCCUGGGGUUAGCGGUGUGACGCAACGUUAUCUGACAGUUAGAUAUAAAGGGGUAUCGCCGGAAACUACACCUCCUUCUGAAUGUAGAUUACCAAGUAGUUUGGAUUAUGGUCAGUGCUCAGUUCUUCACCUUUCUAGUUCCUCGUCUCACCUGCCAUCAUCUUCUUCUUCAUCAAUUAGAGCUACUCAAAUUUCAUCUAGUCUAAAGUCUACCCAAGCGUCUUUAAAUGGCCAUGAAACAAGCUCGAGAUGUAUUAUCACAAAUACAAGAACUAAAUUUCAAAAUACAAUCUCCACGACCCAUCGGGAAUACGUUACUGGGACUGAUUUAACCCCAAUCACCCUUUCUUCUAAAGUAGUAACAUAUUUUAUUGCUGGAAAUCAAACCCAGAAAAUGUCGAGUAGUUAA